CAGCCCCUGCUGUGAUUUAAUUGGUCAAAAGUUUAUAAGACCCUCCCCCCGCCCGUACCCGGGAGAGUGGGCCUUGUCGCAGGCGGCACCGGGCGAGUGGCGGUUUUCUCCAGGUCACAGCAGGACAGAGGUGCGACGGGCUCCGGCGGCACCGGUGAGAGAUUGAAUACAGCAGUCACAAUGGAGGACAGCACGAUGACUAAUGAGAGCGGCUCUGCAGAGGUAGAACCAACUAAUGGAGACCAGCAGAAUGUUGUCUCCAGACUGAGCAACUUGCCGCUAUUCAGCUCAGCUUGUGAGGCUGUGUCCAGCGCCUACAGUACCACCAAGGACCAUGUGCCCCUGUUGAAGGGUGUAAUGGACGUGGCGGAGAGUGGCGUUCGAACCCUGGGAGCAGCUGCCACCACCGGAUCCAAGCCUCUGUUGAACAUUAUAGAACCACAGCUUGCUGUUGUAAAUGAAUAUGCCAUGAAGGGACUGGAUAAGAUGGAAGAGAAGCUGCCCAUUCUUCACCAACCAGCAGACAAGGUGGUGUCGAACACGGUUGGUAUAGUGUACCAGUCGGUGGUGGGGGCCGUGAUGGGUGGUGUCGAAAUGACCCGGGCAGCGGUCAGCGGCGGCAUCGGCACAGUCAUGGGAACCAGGAUGGGCCAGAUGGUCAGCAGUGGGAUGGGCCUGGCCCUGAGCCGAUCUGAGGACUGGGUUGACCAGAACCUACCACUCACUGAGAGAGAGCUGGCUGCUGUGGCUGAACCUGCCGUCAGUGAGGAGACGACCCUGUCGACCAGCCCCAACUAUUUUGUCCGCUUGGGAAAACUCUCUGCCAAAGUGCAGGAGCGAGCCCUGCAGCAGUCCCUGGUCCGAGCGAGGCGGGCCAGAGAGGCCACCUAUGCAGCCGUGACUCAGAUUACCAGCACUCUGGACCUGCUAGAGAGUGCCCGUACCAGUCUGGGUACCACCACCAACCAAAUAGGAGGAGCUGCAGAGCAGCUGCUGCAGCGCUGGAAAGAAUGGAAGCAGGAGCACAAUGGAGCUGAUCAGGCUGAGUCAGACACAGAUGGGACCAAAGAUGAAUCUGAGCAGCUCGAGUGGCGAGCCCUCGCCAUGGUGCGCGGUCUGAGUGAGCAGUUGCGUGUAGCAUGCUCCAAUGUGGUUUCAAGUGCUCAGGGUCUGCCAGGUGCCGUCCAGGACCAGCUGACCAGUGCCAGGAAAUCGUCUGAAGAACUACAGUCCUCUCUGGGAAACACCAGCUCUCUCACUCCACUGCUUUUGGAGCGGAGUCGUCUCCACCUGACACAAGUUCAGCAGUCUCUAGAUGGUGUCAUGGAAUAUCUCCUAAACAACAAACCUCUCAACUGGCUGGUUGGACCUUUUGCCCCUCAGAUCACUGAGAAAGCUGAAGACGAUGAGGCGAUGGAACCGACUGUCCUAAACGACGAGGCUUUCAAGAGUUCUCCAUGAGUUAAUUACUGUGGCGUUGUUUAGACUUUACUUCUGUGGGACCAUUAAAAAAUACUUCAUUUUGACUGAAUGGAAAAAAUGUGUUGCACUAAAUUAGAACCUGUUGUUUGACACUACAAUUGUAAAGGAGCUGAAUGAAAUUCAAUUACAACUGAAAGCACUAAUGUGUGGAAUUUGUACCCAUGUGAGCACUUUAUUUAUGCUUUAAUAUAUAAUACAGAUUUUUAACAUGGAUCUCUGUGGAUAGUAUCUAGAUAAUAGAGCCUAUAAUGGUUUGGGGGUCUGACGCUUGGCUAAAUCCAAAUGAAAACAUUCCCAGUGUUUAAUUUGAAUUCCACCUUGUUGCCUGUUUACAGCAAGUUAAGGAUUGCUGGGGUCAGGCAGACAAAGAAACGCAUCUUGUGUAAAGUGCCUUUCAUUAUUUGUAGAUGAGCAGCUAAUGAAGUGUCAACGAGCUGAGGUGUUAAUAAAUGUUGGACCGAG